AGGCAAUUAAUUCCUCUUUUUCCUCCUAAAAGAAAACCCGAAUACCAAACCCGACCCGAAUAGACCAGUACGGAUUUUAUUCGGGUACAAUAAAACGCCCGCCUCCCAACAAUAUAUAAGUUCAUAGCACUGCAGCUAUUAAUUUACCUGUGUUAGUUUUUGCAGCUCAUUGAUUCCGAUUCAAAAUUUGAUUGUUGGUUCAUUUCGAAAAUUUCUAUUUAUUUUUGUCGCCUUCCUUAAUUUUUGGAAGUAGGCACGCGCGGAACAGUUGGUGGAUUCAAAUGUGUGCUGAGCUUCUGUUGCUAAGAUCUGCUGGCGGUGAGUUGUUCGAUCACGUGCUCCGCGUGUGGUUGGCGUGUGUUCUGUUUGGAUUUGGAAGUUUUUGUCUGCCUAUUAUUUGAAUUUCUGGAGUUGUUGUCGGUGGAUUUGUGUGUGGUUUGAACUGAAGUGGACUGAUCGAAGCAUUUUUUAAUGCCGGGGGAGGAAGGAGGUGUUAGCGAUUGUGUUUUUUUUGGCUUUGGAAUUGGAGCUGCGGUGAGCGUGUGAUUGAGGAUCUAGAAGCUCGACUAGAAAGAAAUUGUGUUGUCAUUUGCGGCUUGAGUUUUGAAAUGGUACCUGGUCCGACAAUCUGAUGAGGCCUACAAGUUUUGCGAUGCCUGGUUGUUGCAUUUGUUCGUUUUGAUUGUUGCACUUUGAAAUUUGAUUGAUAGGAGAUGAAUUGGAUGGUUGAAUGGCCUUAAAAAUGUAGGACUUGCAAAGGAAGUUGAUAAAUCAAUGAGUUGCAGUCUUUACUGUAACUGCGCAAAGCAGUUGUGUUUCUAUGGGGUAAAAGUGGUACCGAGAUGAUAUUGCAGUUGAAAAACUAUGGACAUGGAGGAUAUGCGAGAUGAUAAUCAACCUUUAGAGCAGAAUUCUCCAAGUGGUUCAUGGUGGCCUUCGGAUUUUGCUGAGAGUUUUGGAUCUAUAUCCUUGGAAUCUAGAAAUGAGAAUCUAAGGACCAAAGAAUACAAUAAUAAAGAGAAGUAUGACAGAUUAUCAUAUAAAAGAGCAUCACAAAUCCUGUGGAGCACAGGAGUGCUUUCUGAACCAAUUCCAAAUGGUUUCUACUCUGUUGUUCCAGAUAAAAAGCUCAAGGAACUAUAUGAAGAUAUACCUACAUUGGAGGAGCUUAAUGCUUUGGAGCAUGAGGGUUUGAGGGCUGAUGUUAUUCUUGUAGAUGCCGAGAAGGAUAAGAAGCUUUCUAUGCUAAAACAAUUGAUUGUAGCUCUGGUUAAGGGUCUUAACUCAAAUGCUGCAGCUGUAAUAAAGAAGAUUGCUGGAUUGGUAUCUGAUUUCUACAAGCGGCCAAAUUCAGAAAUAAGCCCUAAGAAAGCUGCUCAGGAAGAAUCCUCACAUCUAUCUGAAAGUCGAGGUGUGCAACUGCUGGGUCAAAUACGGCACGCUUCGUGCAGACCUCGAGCAAUAUUAUUCAAAGUUCUUGCCGAUGCUGUAGGACUGGAGAUGAGGCUGGUGGUGGGUUUACCUACGGAAGGAACUUCUGAGUGUGUGGACUCCCACAAACAUAUGUCUGUGUCAGUCGUAUUGAAUUCUGUAGAAUUGCUGGUUGAUUUGAUGCGGUUUCCUGGCCAACUGAUACCUCGGUCAACCAAGGCUAUCUUUAUGUCUCACAUAUCUGCUGCUGGGGAGAGCGAUUCUGCAGAAAAUGAUUCUUGUGAUUCACCAAUGGAACCAAACAGCCCCCUGUAUGGAGUUUCGGAGCGAAUUGAUCCUGAAAGUGCUGAGAAAGAUGACGGCUUGCUAUAUCAACGAAGACUGGAAGCUUAUUCAAAUGCAGCUGGACCUUCAUUAAGAAAUAUGAUGCUGCGGUCAAAUUCAGUUGAUAGAAAACUGAGCUUGUCGCGCAGUGAACCUAACAUAGCCGCUACAUUUUGGCGAAGGAGCAGGAGAAAGGUCAUUGCUGAACAAAGGACUGCAAGUUCAAGCCCAGAGCACCCUUCACUUCGUGCACGUGGUCGUUCCAUGCUUAGUGGAGAUAACAAAUCUUUCAGAGAGUAUUCUGUUGAUGAUGCUACAUCCAGGUCAGAGGGGGCAUCAUCAUCAGAAACACGUCGGCUAAGAAGAAGAAGCAUUAGCAUGACUCCAGAGAUUGGUGAUGACAUCGUAAGGGCUGUGAGAGCAAUGAAUGAAUCACUAAAGCAGAAUCGUCUUUUAAGAGAACAAGGCGAAAGUGGCUCAUCUAAUUCAGGUCAACCAGAAGACGUUAAUGAUACUCAACUUGAUGAUUGUACCAAACUGUCUGGUGACAAUUCAACUAUUUAUGCCCCUCAGAGGCAGCACAGUUCCCAGAAAGCAAUGUCAUUACCUUCAUCUCCACAUGAGUUUAGAAGUCAGACCCCAGAACACAGUGGGAUUCCCAGGGUAAAUGAGGAAAUGGUUUCAACAUGGAACAGAAUUCUGGACUCACCAAUGUUCCAGAAUAAACCUCUGCUGCCAUAUGAUGAGUGGAAUAUUGACUUUUCAGAGUUAACUGUUGGCACUCGCGUUGGGAUUGGGUUCUUUGGGGAAGUUUUUCGUGGAGUUUGGAAUGGAACUGAAGUUGCUAUCAAAGUGUUUUUAGAGCAAGAUCUCACUGCUGAAAACAUGGAGGAUUUUUGCAACGAGAUAUCCAUUCUCAGUCGCCUUCGGCACCCAAAUGUAAUCCUAUUUCUUGGUGCCUGCACGAGACCUCCACGGUUAUCAAUGGUUACUGAGUACAUGGAAAUGGGGUCAUUGUAUUAUUUGAUUCAUCUAAGUGGUCAGAAGAAGAAACUUAGCUGGCGGAGGAGAAUCAAGAUGCUACGCGACAUAUGCAGAGGGCUGAUGUGCUUACACCGCAUGAAGAUUAUCCACCGUGAUAUCAAAAGUGCAAAUUGCCUUGUGAACAAGCAUUGGACAGUUAAGAUCUGCGACUUUGGACUAUCAAGAAUCUAUAUUGAUGUACCUGUGAAGGACUCCUCAUCAGCCGGCACACCAGAAUGGAUGGCUCCUGAGCUCAUUCGAAACGAACCCUUCUCAGAGAAAUGUGACAUUUUUAGCCUCGGUGUUAUAAUGUGGGAGCUCUGCACUCUAAAUAAACCCUGGGAGGGGACUCCACCUGAGCGGGUUGUGUACACCGUUGCAAACAAGGGAGCUCGUUUGGAGAUACCCGAAGGGCCACUGGGCAGUUUGAUUGCAGAUUGUUGGGCGGAACCCCAUGAGCGACCGAGUUGCGAGGAAAUUCUCAACCGCUUACUCGAUUGCGAGUUAGCACUUUGCUAACUCAACGCGCUUCUUGUACAGAAAGAGAAACCUUCAUUACUGAGGUUUUCCAUAUUCGCCGGCUCAAAUUUUUUAACUUUGUUGUGAUUUUUUCAUGAGAAUGCCUUUGCGUUUCGCCUUGGGUUUUCUAAUGGAAACAUGAUCAUUGUGUCUACGCAAUCGAAUCAUGAAUUUUUCUACUCGCGUUGGCCCUAAUCCAAGCAGUCAGAUGCAGACACAAGAAUUGUCAAUUUUUCCACUCGCGUUGCCCCAAAAUCUGUUACUAUUAUUGAAGUGUUUAUUUCUACAAAAUUUUGGUAUAUCUUUAUUUUAAAUUCUAAGGACAAUAUAGUAAUUUAGUCUC